AUGCAUUCUAAACUUUCACAGCGAGAGCAACCGUAUCAUCUGCGAAGCAAGAAUUACACAUUGAGAGGAUCAUGUGCACUCCAGGGUGAGAUCCCAAAGUUCUCCGAUUCUUCAGUCACCAAAUUAAAGAAUCAGCAACCAACACAGCAGGAUCUGUCGAACAGCAAGCAAACAUUUGAGAUAUGUCCUUUUUGUACUGUGAAAUUCCAGUAUACGAAAGAUACUUCUGAUGGAGGUCGCCGUUGUCCCAGUUGUUCAAAACGAAUUGUUGUUAAUAAUUCAAGUUCCCGGAGUGCCGUGCCACAAGCUAGCAAAGACAAGUCUAUUGCUCCAGCUGGAAAUUUACGUUCUACUCGAGGACAACCUUCUUUAUGUCAACAGAAAAGAGUACCAAAAUAUGAGGCUAUAAAUCUAGGAGCUCGAAAGGCAAAAGGUAUUGAUGUUGAUGAUGCGAUCUUAAAGACCAGAGGGAAAGAAUAUCAACGUGUAAGCACUGAAGACAAUGUACCUACCAGUACCACUGUUAACCCUAGGGAAAUAGGGAAUUUGAGAAGCACAAAAAGAAGAAGAGAGGUCCCUUCCGGUUCUAGUUCUGUUGGAAGAUUUGAUACUAGAAGUGGUUCUAGUGGUCCUGAUCCCGAAAAAAUUGCUGACAAUGUUUUUGUUAGGAUGAUGUCUGACCUUUAUAAUGUCCAUAUCUCCGAAGAAGAUGGCUACAUGAGUUCCAACAGGGAGUCCAAAAAGAGCAGAUUAUGCUCUAAUCCUUUGGAAGAUCAGAAUCAACACACCGUAGACAAUGCGGAAGUUGAAUUAUGUAAUUCAGCUGUCAAUCAGGAAAGUCUAGACAAUUUGGUAGCUAAAUUAUGUAAUUCAGCUGGCAUACCGCCCUCUGCUGAUCUGUGUAAGGGGGCAUCCAAAGAAAAAUCCAAUACAAAUUUAGAUUGCCCGCCGGAGGUAGAUUAUUACGUAUCAGCUGAACCACAAUGUGGUAAUUUUGCAAAAGAAAGGGAAGAAAAGAAUUUUUCAGUUGAUCAGAUAUGGGCUUGUUAUGAUUGUGUUGAUGCCAUGCCAAGAUUCUAUGCAAAGAUCAGAAAGGUACAAUCACCAGAGGAGAUUCAAAUUACUUGGUUGGAGCCUCAACCAGAAGGCCAUAGUGAGAUUGAUUGGGUGAACACAGGCUUACCUGUGGCCUGUGGAAAAUUUUCAUGCUCCAGUUCUGAGGAUACUCUAAGCCAUCUUUGUUUCUCCCACCAGAUUCGUGCUAAGAAUUUGAAUGCUAGUAAUUAUGUUAUAUAUCCGAGAAAAGGGGAGACCUGGGCCUUAUUCAAGGAUUGGGACAUUACUUGGAAGUCUGACCCCAAGAAUCAUGACCAAUUCCACUUUGAAAUCGUUGAGGUUGUCUCGGAUUUCAACAUUAGUACUGGUGUAAAGAUUGCGCACUUGGAAAAAGUGGAAGGAUUUGUAAGUUUGUUCCGAACAAAAGCGCUGGUAGGGAGUCCCUACUUGAGGUUACUAUCUUGUGAAUUGCUUAAAUUUUCCCAUCAAAUCCCCUCAUUUAGAAUUAAAGAAUCUGAAACAGAUGGUGUACCAAAAGGAUGUAUUGUACUUGAUCCUGCUUCUCUACCUGACUCUCUCACUGUACUGUAUACAGAGAUCGGGAGCAGAGAUGCAAUUAAAAGAUCUGGGAAAAGACAAGUAAAUUCUACAACAAAAUCUGCUAUACUAAAGCCUGCAACGAAGGUUGUAGAUAAUAAAAUGCAGAAAUCCUGGAGAACUGGUUUGGUUACAAAAUGUAGUCCUGGAUCAACUCAGAAAGAAAGCUCAAAGCAGUUAAGUGGUUUUCAGGACCCGGGAUCUGCUGAUUUUGUCACACCUAGAAGGCAUGGUUCGUUAGAUGCUACUCCUUCGAAUAUGCCGACGUCAAAACCCCGUUUGGUUGCCGAUUUUGGUACCUGUUCAGCUCAGAAGAAAAAUUCAGAGUUCUUAGAUGGUUUCAAGAACCAAAAAUUUAAUGAUUUCCAUCCAUCUAAAAAGCAUGAUUCAUCAGAGAAUAUUACUUCGAAUAUAUCAGGAAGUCUAGUCAUUUCUCCUCAUCUUUCUACUGAUGCUUUAGCUUCAGAAGUCUUUCACGACUUUAACGAGGAUAAGGCUAUUACGAAGUUUAAGCCAGGUCAGUUAUGGGCUCUCUAUGCUCAAAAGGACGACAACUCCAAAAAUUAUGUUCGGAUUAUGAAUGUGGAAUCUGCAUUAACGUUAGUGUAUGCAGCGUUGCUCGAAUCAACACAUCCACCACCUUCUAGAUGUGGAAUGUUUAGAGUCUGUAAAGGAGAACCUGAAAUCUUUUUUCCGAUUUCCUUUUCACAUAAAGUGAAAGCAAAACAAUUUGGUGAUGACAAAUAUGCAAUAUGUCCCUGGAAAGGAGAGAUUUGGGCAAUGCACAAGUCCUGGAAUGACAAAGAUUUGGGUUUUGUCAUGCAGAGUUCUGAAUACGACGUGGUGGAAGUUCUGAAAUGUAACAAGGACAACAUUGAAGUUUCGAGUUUGAUCCCUCAGGUUGGGUUCAAGUCGGUUUUCAUGGCUCCUAGCAAACUACCAUGCAAUACAGAAACUCGGAAGAUACUCUGGACUGAGAUAUCACUAUUCUCUCAUCGGGUUCCUGCUUUUCAGCUCAACGGCGAACAUAGCGGGCUACUUACAGGUUGUUUCCAGCUUGAUCCCGUGGCAUUUCCAGUUAAUACGUUUAACUGAAUUUCCAGUUUAAUGCAAGUUUCUGCCUAGUGUUUUGUGUUCGAUUCAGCAAAGGUACGUGGUUACGAGUUCAUAUUUUCGGGGGUUCUGCAAGGCACUUUGUACAAAAAUCUGUUUGCAUGUUUUAUGAGCUUGUAUAAUAGCAUCAUGCAUGUUGGGUUUUUGUUGUGAACUUUUGUAUCAAGUGAGCAGUCUGUGAUUGCCUUUCUUUUUAUGUUUUGAUUCCGAACUCAUUUCAGGUGAAUCUCAGUGGUUUUUCGAUGUGAGUAUCAUCAUCGUGCUUUUAGUCCGUCCAUGCAAAUGCAGAACAUAUUAUGUUAAAUUUACAAGAGAUGAUAAAUAUCUGUCGAUAUAAUCUUUUGGGUUGAUGUUUGGGGAACUUGAAUUGUGUUUAAGGUUCAUCAAAUUACAAUUU